AUCUAAUGCAACAACUCGCUACAUCCUUGAGGUAUUCUUAGCUCUGAAAGCAUGGACUUCACUGUCAGUAUCUUGUUUCUAGCUCUUCUUAUCCCGACCACCAAGGCUUUAGACCCUUGCGGCUCUCAGCCGGAUGGUUCGGACCUAUCAGUCAUCCCUAUAUACGGCAAAUGUUCACCGUUCAACCCACCAAAACCGGACUCAUGGCUCGACACGGUCAUAAACAUGGCCUCAAAAGAUCCAGCCAGGAUCAAGUACUUGUCGACCCUUGUGGCACAAAAGACAACUGCGGUUCCAAUUGCUUCGGGCCAACAAGUUUUGAACAUCGGAAACUAUGUUGUCCGGGUUAAGAUUGGCACUCCUGGUCAGCUCAUGUUCAUGGUGUUGGACACUAGUAAUGAUGUGGCUUGGGUCCCUUGCUCCGGCUGCACCGGGUGCUCGGCCACCACUUUCUCACCCAACACUUCGACGAGCUACGGUUUGUUGGAUUGCUCAUUGCCACAAUGCACCCAUGUCCGUGGGUUCUCGUGCCCGGCGACGGGAACCGCUGUUUGCUCUUUUAACCAAUCUUACGGUGGAGAUUCAUCCUUUUCGGCCCACUUGGUUCAAGAUGCCUUACGGUUAGCAAACGAUAUUGUCCCGGAUUUUACUUUUGGAUGUAUAAACAGCGUCUCUGGUGGGUCAAUCCCUCCCCAAGGCCUCUUGGGUUUGGGUCGGGGGCCCAUGUCACUGAUUUCGCAAUCCGGGGCACUAUAUUCAGGUGUUUUUUCGUAUUGUUUACCAAGUUUCAAGUCCUACUACUUUUCGGGUUCUCUCAAACUCGGGCCAGUGGGUCAACCCAAGAAUAUUCGAACUACCCCGCUUCUUAAAAGCCCUCACCGACCCUCACUUUAUUAUGUUAACCUAACCGGAAUUAGUGUCGGUCGAGUUCAAGUUCCCAUAGCCCCAGAAUACCUAGCAUUUAACCCGACCACCGGGGCGGGGACCAUUAUCGAUUCGGGUACUGUUGUAACCCGAUUCGUCCAAUCCGUUUACAACGCAAUCCGAGACGAGUUUGUGAAGCAUGUGAAAGGCCCAUUUACAACAAUAGGAGUAUUUGACACAUGCUUUGAUGCCACAGCCGAAGCACAAGCACCUUUAAUAACAUUACAUUUCGAAGGCUUGUCGAUGACAUUGCCGAUGGAAAACAGCUUCUUGCACACCAGUGCCGGAAAUCGGGCUUGCUUGGCAAUGGCGCCGGUUCCGAACAACGUGAACGCCGGCAUGAAUGUGAUAGCCAAUUUGCAGCAGCAGAACCAUAGAAUUUUGUUCGAUGUGAUCAAUUCUCGCUUGGGAAUUGCUCGUGAAGCUUGCAACUAAGUCUCUUAAUUAGCUUUAUUUUAUUUGCUCUUUCUUUGCCUUCUUUGUGGUUAUGGGUAAGCUUUUUCAAUGUUUUUAUUAGAUGGAAUAGGGUUUAGUUAAUAAACAUGACAAAAAUCAUGUUUGUUAUUAUAUGUGCAAUAUAUUAACUGUGAAGAGGAAUGGUUGUUUUUGUUA